AAAAACCAAUAAUCCAGAAUCGCCGAAGUCCCCACGAAUCCAGAUUAAAGACUUGUAUAAUCAAUUGAAGAAUUUAGAUCGUGAGCUGAUGGAUAUGGAAUCAAUAAAAUAUCAUUUCAGUGAAAUAUUUUUGAAGAAGAUCUUUACUUUGUAUAAAAAUUAUGAAUGGUCCCUCACAUUUUCUGCUAUUAAUCUGUGCAUUACAUAGAAAUUACAACUGGUCUUGCCAGCUGGUUGACUACUCUGAUAACGCAUAUGAAGUUCGGAUUGCUAAAGCGUUAUGGUGGUAUUACUUCUCAAAGCUACUGGAAUUCUGCGACACUUUAUUUUUUAUUCUCCGGAAGAAAAAUAAUCAACUUACAUUUCUUCAUAUAUACCAUCAUUCCACAAUGUUUGGACUAUGGUGGAUUGGAGUGAAGUGGGUUCCUGGAGGAUCAGCCUUGCCAGGAGCUAUGGUCAACUCUUUCGUCCAUGUAGUGAUGUAUUUAUAUUAUGCAUUGACUGCUAUUGGUCCUGCCAUACAACGUUACCUGUGGUGGAAAAAGUAUCUCACUAUUCUGCAGUUGGUUCAGUUUGUUUCAGCUAUGGUGAUGGGUAUAAAAGCAAUAUUAUACAACUGCCAAUUCACAAAAUGGAUGCAAUAUGCCUUAGUAGCUUAUUCGUUUUCUUUCAUAGUGCUCUUUGGAAACUUCUAUUUUAAUUCCUACUUCAAAAAAAGCAUUCAGAAGAAAGACACAUGAAAAACCUAUGAAGGACUGAUGAAAAUCUGAAGUCUACUCUCUACAGGUAUACUUGGAUACUAUGGCCCAAGAUAUUAAAAAGCGCUUUUGUUUUGGCAAGAGAAACAUAAACAAGAUCAGUUAUAAUGAUUUGUCUUCUUUCAAACUUCUAUAUAGCCUUUACAUACAUCUAAUAAUUUUCUGUGUGUGAAGUCAGUGCUUUUACUGCUGAAUUUCACAUCUCAUGCUCUGCUGCUGAUAGUAAAAUUAAAAAUCAUUUGAGAUUUCUAACUGAAGUGUAUGCAGUGGCUUAAUAGUUUGAAUGUUCCACAAGUAUUUCAGUUUCAUUGUCUUACCCCUAUAUAUAAUUAAUUAUAGAACAUUUUUGAAAAGUAAAACUUGGCUGAGCUUGUAAAUUUAUGUAUUUAAUGUCAAGAUAACUUGUUUCAUUUGAUUAUCUGUACCUAAAAGCUGCAGCUCUACUUCACUGUGACAGAAUAAAAGUUCAGUAUUUGCAGACAAUAUGAUGUUACCAAAGCUGAAAGUGUAUAUGAAAUAUGUAUCAUAUCCAGAAGUGCCAAUUUACCAAACUAAAAAAUUACGAAAUCAGAGAAGAAAAUCAGGAGAAUUAUUAUCGCAGCUACCAAAAUAAUUUUAGAGAAUUUAAUUAAUUUUUAAAUAGAGAAACAAAUUUUUAAAUAGUAAACUAAUUUUAAAAAAUAUCAAGUUAAAAACUCCAAGUCCAGUCACUAAUUAAUUAUGCAAAUAAUACAAAAAUAUUUUCAUUUAAAUUUUUUAAUGUUUCUUUUAACAGGAAAAUAGUUUAAUCAGUUAUUAUAUUACUAAUAGGAACAGUCUCAGAUAUUGCUUUCACUGUGCUUUUACAUUCUAAUUUUUUAAGCAAUGGCCAUGUAAAUUUGUUUGUAUCCCCACAAGUAGGCAAGCUUGUAUCCCCAAAAUCAGUUUGUAUCCCCACCAGUAGGCAAGAGGUAGAAUUGCUAAACACUGAAGAUUCAACUUAGGUUAAAAAUCUGGCAAACAAGUUAUUCAACUUAGGUUUAAAAUCUGAGAAACAAGCUGACUUAUAGGCAUUUCUAGAGUUUUCCUCAUGCAUAGCAUGAAUGUAUGACAGUUUCUCUAAAAGUUUAUAAAAAUCUCUCAUGAAGGCAUUUUUCAAGCAGAUAGUCGUAGAGCUUUUUGCUGAAAUCUACAUAAUAUAGUCCAGUGAUUCUUAACCAGUGGUAUGCAAAGAAACAAAGUAUUUUUAACUAGACAUAACAAAAUGAUGAUGUUUUGAAAAGGAGUAAUAGAAACGGAUGUUGUAUUUAAUAGGAUAUAAAAAAAUAAUAGUAUCUCAAUUCUUUCAGAGCUGAUCGAUUUAUUAGAAUAUCUACACUUUAUAUCGCCACUAUUAUUCCAGGUUCAUAGUGCUCUAUUUUCAAUUAAAAUCAAUUUUUUAAGUGGAUUUGCUGUCUUUAACAGCAGUUCUUUUAUCUUAUUGUUUUAUAGUCCCUACAUUUCUAUGUGAUUUGAGAAUAUCAUCGUUUGUUUUUGAAGAACUCGCAAUAUAUUGUGCAUUUAAAUAUA